UGUUUGAUAAGUUCAAAGACCAAAAUGAUUCACGGCGAAGAAUUAAAAGGAAUAGCAACAGGAAACCUGGUGGAGACCCCCGCAAAUUGCUCUCUUUGUUCUUUGUCUUCCUUUCACUCGAGGGGCGGAGAAGUUCUACAUUCAUUGGACAAUUGACUUCUGCGACCCUACCACUUUCACAUCUCCUAAGCAUUCAUCACUGAGAGACUACUUUCCUUCUCUGCAAAAUUCAAACCGCUAGAGCUGUUCAAUCGAAUAUGGAGGACGAUAAGAUUACUCACCUCAGCAACGCUGCUCGUUUCUUCCACGCGCAAUAUCGAGAGGCUGAAAGGCUUAUAAACAGCGAUAAUGAAGAAGAUCAGGAUAAAGCGGAGGAAAUCUGCAGAGAGCUUUUGUUGGAAGCGAGGCUUCCACCUCAUGUCCGUGCCCGAUGCCAUACCUUACUGGCAGUCUGCGAUGGGGAUUAUCUUACCAGUUACCACGCAAGGACAGCUCUCCGCCUCUACCAAGAGUUUGCUGCCGAUGAACCGCACAUAAAGGUGUGGCAAGAGAUGGCAGAGGCAACAAAGGAGAUUGUCAAGGCUGCAGAGGAAGAUUGGGAGAAAGAACACGGCACGAUCCCGCCUGAGAGCACUGAAGAAAAGCACUAG